CGUAAUGCUAGCCACCGAGCCUGCCACAACAUCCACAACAUCCUCACUUGUUUGUGUGAAGAUGCGCUGGUGGUUCGUGAUCGUGUGAGGCGUAUGUCGCGGGCAGUCUCAGCGCCAUCGAACCACCGUGAGCGCCCGUGACCGUGAUUCGCCAGUGGACAUGCUCGAACACCGCUGAAACCACCCACGCCUCGUCGUCGUCCGAUUGCGACGCGCCCAGCAGAGCCUCUUAAUGCUCGAGCUGCCCGUCUGCGUAAUGCCAUGCAUUUUCUGUUUUCCCGCUGUUGCUGCCGUUUCCUCUCAUCUUCGUUUCUUCACUAUACCUAAUAAUUGCACCUGUCGUAGUUCAUCGAGAGCACGCCGGACGGCUCCGCUGUACUCGGCUUCCAUUCUUUAAUCAAGUCUAUCAUACUAUAUCGAGCCGCAGGACGACGCACAUAUUCACUCCGUAAACCGCCAUUAUGCCGACCAAACUGAUGCUGGCCUUCGUUGGAUUCGACUUCCUCUUCGCUGGAUGUGGAGGACUACUCUUGGGGUUUUCGUUGAUGUCGGAGGCAGCAAUGCGGGAAGAGCAGACGGUGAAGAACGUCACGCAAAAUCUACUACUUGGCCAGUGUCCGUUGACAGCUGGUGUCGUCAAUGCCAUCUUCGUCUUCGCUACUUUCCUACUCUCCCUUCCGGCUCUUUUCCUACCUACCAACCGAGGCUGGCUCCGCACACAGGGCUGGCUUGUGGUCAUUUGUGCAACCUUCACACUGAGUCUGGGUAUUGCUAUCUGGGUUGAGACACUGCAGACACGCCAGAACUUGAGCGUACUUUGGGGCCGUGAGCCACCGCAGAUCCAGUCCCUGUUACAGCAGAAAUUCGACUGCUGCGGAUAUGUCAACGCCACAACACCUCCUUUCGUCCAGGACACUACUUGCACGAACGCUCUCGUUGCAGCACAAAAAGGUGGAUGCAUUGGCCCCUUCUCACGAUUCACCAACACGUAUCUUGAUCAAAUUUUUACCGCUGCCUUUGGUAUCGUAGGCGUUGACUUCAUCCUUGUCCUUUGCGUCGCUAUGGUGCUAAAGUACAGGAUGGAACAGGAGCGUUACAGGCACAUCGACGAGAAGAACGGCAUGGGAGGCUUCUAAAGACUGCAAGCAGGCAUCGAGUGUUGUGGGACAUCGGGUAGGAAGGGCUGGCGAGGUUUGUGGGUUUUGGAGGAGAUGAGAUAAGAGGCUGAUUGACAUAUACCCAAUUCUGAACGUCUCUUUCUUUCCCUCACAUUUCUGGUAUAGGUAUGCAAUAAUGACAGGACACAGCGGUGCUGAUAGUCCACCUCUCUUUCAAUGUAUAUUUAAGUCGCGUAUCAUCAAACACAUAGAACACUAUAUCAGACAGAACUUUUGAAAACCACGUCACUUAAACUCGUGUUGAUGAAGCUGACAGCUACACCUACAGCUAUCUAAUGCUUGUCUGAGUAGGUCGACAUGCUGUCGCCGCUUCCAAAUGCAACAUCCAAGCCUCCCAAGCAG